UCUUAUCUUUGUUACUGUACAUGUUGAGAACUCUUAACAAGCAUUAAUAGCACACAUUAAAACAAGGGAGUAACUAGAUAUACAUAAUAUAAUUGCACCCACCCUAUUAUUAUAAAGUCUUCAUCAAAGUUUCCCAACUACCAUCACUUAUAACUACCCCCCCCCCCCCCCCCCCCCACUCUCAUUUCUUCAAUGCAUUUCCACCUCCCUUUCUCAUAAAUAUUACACAUUCUUCUCCUCUCUCUUUCACCCAAGCCAAAAAACACAAAACAAAAAAAAAAUGAAAAACUUCAUAAUUACCUUCAAUCUCUUAGCUGUCUUGUUCAUCAUCACAUUCACUUGCACCUUUGCUACAAGACAAGUUCACAUCCAUCCAAAAAACCAUGUUGUUGAGAAAACGAAGAAAGCAGGCAGUGGCGGAGCCAGGAAUAAUGGAAACAACAACGGUAGCGGGCCGUUUGGAGGCAUUUUUGGGCCUGGAGGAGGGUUUAACAUACCUGGGCUUGGUGGUGGAGUAUAUGGUGGUGGAUUUGGAGGCCCAAAAGGUGGAUUUGGAAAAGGUGGAGUCAUAACGGCCAGUGUUGUUUGCAAAGAAAAAGGCCCAUGUUUUGGAAAGAAACUUAAGUGUCCAGCAAAGUGUUACAAAUCAUAUUCUAGUGCUGGAAAAGGAUUUGGAUUUGGUGGUGGAUCUGGUGGUUGUACUAUGGAUUGCAAGAAGAAAUGUGUUGCUUAUUGUUAAAAGAAGAAAAAUAAAUGCAUUAUUGACCUUACAUAGCUAAGUAAGUUGCUAUAUUUAUUAGUACUUAUUUGGUGUUGAGGGGCAUUAUGAUGAUAAAUGAUGUUUUAAGUGUUUUGUUUGUUUUUAUUUUGUGAUAAUGGAUCAUUUCAAGUGGAACAAUAUAUCAUGUAACAAAGUUCUGCAGUUAUAACUAAUAGAAUUUAUAAUCAGAAA